CAACAUUCAUAUGAAAAUCUUUAGCUUGCUAUCAACCCUCGACCACUGGUUCUCGACCUUUGGUUCUACCAGUAAGGUUAGCUUAUAGUUACUCGUUAAAAAUGUUUGUUUUCCUCUAGCGAUUUAGCUUGCACACUAAAUGAGACAUUUUCAAGUGAACUGGAAACGUGCAGUAUUGUAAAGAAGGUGAGUUGGCACCACGAUCAAAGAUUCUUAGCUAGAACCAGCUCACGGUAGUUAGUUAGCUAUGUAGAUAAAAUCCUUUCCUUUCUUCAACAUUAGGUUAGGGCCGUUAGGCUAUGUGUCCACAUUGUGGGACAGGUUUGAUGCUAUCUAGCUAAAAUAUUUACUAGCUAGACAGUGGACAGUACACAGUGUCCAAACAUCCGAACGUUGAUGCUAGACUGCUGGUACCGGUCGAGUAAUAAAAAUAGACCACGCUACGGCUUCCAAGCUUAGCUCAGGUGGAAGUCUGUGGCAGAGGCUAGAUACACUGCCAGCCGUGUUCUAUUGGCUUACGUAUUCUGUUUAUUUAGCUUAUUAAAUCUAACUAAUAAUUUAUGUCUAUUGACAAAAAUAAUCAGUCAAUUUUGCCUGGAGUCCUUCACAAGUUAAAUAGCUUUUAAUGUUCGCUAUCUCUGUGAGGUUUCAGGUGAAGAAGAUUCUGUGAUAGAAAUGGUGCCAUCUGUGUGAUUUCUGAUCAGUUUAACAACAAUAGCGUAAUAUAUUUAUGUGUUUGAAAGUCUAAUUCCAAAUGCCCUAUUUACUACAGUCAGUAGUGAAUUCUCUGUCUCUCAACAGAUAGAAGUAGCCUAAGUCCCGAUUGGACAAGGGCUCUUGUGGAGUGGAGCAGCCUGGAGUGAGUGACCAACCAUGGGCCGUCUGGACGAUGCUGCCAAGCGCAAGGUGGUGGAGCUGCGGCAGGCGGGCCUGAGCUUCCGCAAGAUCAAGGCGGUGCUGGAGCUGGAGAACAUCCGGGUGUCUGCCCAGGCCAUCUACCUGUACCUCAAGGAGUUCCAGAGGAAGAAGGUCCAGAGGGGUGGUGGAAGUGCUGCAGCCCCAGACCCGCAGACCACACCUGGGGUUGGGGCUGGGGCAGAGAGAGGAGAUGGUGGAAGGCGGGAGGGCUGGAACGACCAGCAGAUAAGGAAUCUACUGCGGGAGGCAUCACGCCACGCAGGCUAUGUUGCGGCGUCUGAGUUCGCCAAGCAGGGUCCUGGCUCCACUCCUCCUGAGGUCAGGGGUCAGGGGCCGUCUGGGACAGGAGGCGAAGGCGCCAGUAGAGGACAGAGCAACAGGACAGAGAAACAGGAGGAAGGGGACAAGAAGGAGGAUGAUGAGGAUAAGGACAUCCAGAUUGUCAGUGUCACAUCGUUGGCUCAGAACUCUCAACAGAGGGGUCUUCCACCCGCGACGGCAGCGGCUGUGACUGUGACAGGGGCCUACAUGCGUAAGAGAGCCACGCCCUCGCCAGCUACUAACCCCAUACUGGCAGCACGCAAAAGGCUUCUGGAUAAGGCUUUGUCUCAUAGAGCAAAGGUAGGCACGUCUCAUAGUCGUGUGAUUCACUAAGACCAAAAAGUAAUUCAGCAAAAAAUGAUUUUAAUUUAAUAAAAUUUGCUCCCAAAUAUGCCAACAAAUAAACAGAGACAUGUGAUAGUGUGUCAAUGUAAUUGAGGUAUGAAGUUAUUAUGGUAUUGUCAAAUAUAGUAUCGGUUUGGGCUUACUGUCAUUUUGCAGUGUACAAAUUAAUAUAAUUAGGCGUCUGUUCCAGCCCCCCGACAUUCUCUCAGACAAAAGUACAGCACAUUGAGUUCAUCAACGAGCCUAGGCAUUUAUGCGCUCUGCACAAUUAGCCUGGGGAUAGCCUCGGAAGCCCUUAUACUACAAAGCAUGAUCAAUGAGUUAGCCAGCUAACUUUGAUAAACAACCAGAAAUAACUACUGAUUUUCUGAUUCAUUAAGAAAUCUAAAUGUAGAUAUGUGUUUUUGGUUGUUGAGUCAAUUAGACCAUGCCCAUUUCAAGCUUAUCUUUCUAAACAAAUUAUGUUAUUUCAAAAUAUUUAGGAAAGUUAGCUGGCUAAGUCAUUAGUCCUGCUUUGUAGUAUACCUCUCAGGCUUCUCUCAUUCUGUUUGAAGCCUGGGGAAGAUUUCUCGUAAGGGAAGACGAUAAAUAAAAGGGCUGUAGUAUGGUGGAGUCUAGAUGCUUGUGUACAAUCUUUCAGAACAGUGUAAUUUACAUAAAAAUCCAGAACCUGUUUUGCUAACAUUCCACUCCUUGUACUCCGUGUUAGUUAGUUUUUUCUUGUUUUGCAUGACAAGGAGUGGCAAGGAGUAGAAUUGUACCAGAAACAGACUGGUAACCAGGCUAUAAUUUACAAUCCUUUUAAAAUGUUUCAGUAAAAAAAAUUGCAUUUCUUGUUGGACAUGUUCAGAUAGUACCCCCACGCGGUACACUGUUUCAAAAUGUUUUCCACUUUCUGAACACAAUCCUGGUAUGAAAUAAAUGAUCAUAUGAGAGGUGUUAUUACUGUGAUGAUCAUGUAAUUUCUAGGCUUUGAAUGGAUGCAUUUUUCCCCCAGAUAAGAGAUUCUUCUUAUCAGUCCUACCAGCAGGUAGCAGCUUUGUUGAGAAGAGAACAGUCUAAUGCUCCUGGUUCUGAUGUCCAGAGACCUGUGCCAGCAGAUCAACCACAGUCCUAUGACCCAGUCGCUCAGAGGCUUACUCAAGCGGUGAGUACAAGGCGAAGGAAACUCAAACCGUAAUAUACACAAUUAUUUCUCUUUAAGUUGUCUAUUGAAAUGAACAACGUUACCAAAGUUUAACUGUGGUACAUAUUGCAAUCAAACAAAAGGUUGAACAAACACUCGGAGCAUGCUAUGUUUCGAUCGGUUUUCCUCAGGCAAUGCAGUUCCUCCAACAUGUGGCAUGCUCUGAGUGUUUGUUCCUUUUUGUUUGAAUUCUGUUCAUUUCUUGGAAAAGGUACCACAGUUAAACUGUUUAGUUACAGUAUAUGAGUAGGGAAGAUCGGGGAAAACAGUAACACAUUUGAGUUGUUUUAAAAACGUAUUUAUUUAACACUGUUUGUUUUAGAGAUUUCAAAAUUUCACAUGAACAACUUACAUUUAUAAUAAUAAUAAUAAUAAUCUGCUAACUAAAAGUAGGCUACAGUUACAAUUCUGGCUUAGACCCAAAGUCUGAAAAAGUCCUAAUGUUACAAUAACCCCAAUAGCAGGGACAGUUGUAACACUGUCUUUAAUGGUAAAACAUUAGGGGUAAUUCAACAAUGGUAUGAUUUAAAACUGAUAUUUGGAUGAAAAUAAAAUAAAUUGGCGAAAAAAUAAGUUAUCUUUUAGGUAUGUCAUAUGGCCCAGAAACUGAAUUAGCGUUGAAAAAUAUUUUUGGGGUGCUUUUACAUUUUUUUCAAAGGUAUUAUCUUAGUUGCAAAUCAAAUCAAAUAAUAUCUAACAAUUUCACAACAUAUACCCAAUACACACAAAUCUAGUAAGGAAUGGAAUUUAAGAAUAUAUAUAUAUAUAUAUAUGGACAAGCAAUGACAGAGCGGCAUGGACUAAGAUACAGUAGAAUAUUAUAGAAUAGAAUGCAGUAUAUACAUAUGAGAUGAGUAGUGCAAGAUAUGUAAACAUUAUCAAAGUGACUAGUGUUCCAUUUCUUAAAGUGGCCAGUGAUUUCAAUAGGCAGCAGCAGCCUCUAAUGUGCUAGUGAUGGCUAUUUAACAGUCUGAUGGCCUUGAGAUAGAAGCUGUUUUUCAUUCUCUCGGUCCCAGCUUUGAUGCACCUGUACUGACCUCUCCUUCUGGAUGAAAGCGAGGUGAACAGGCAGUGGCUCGGAUGGUUGAUUAUCUUUUUGGCCUUCCUGUGACAUUGGGUGCUGUAGGUGUCUUGGAGGGCAGGUAGUUUGCCCCCGAUAAUGCGUUCGGCAGACCACACCACCCUUUGGAGAGCCCUGCGGUUGCGGGCGGUGCAGUUGCCGUACCAGGCGGUGAUACAGCCCGACAGGAUGCUCUCAAUUGUGCAUCUGUAAAAGUUUGUGAGGGUUUUAGGUGCCAAGCCAAAUUUCUUCAGCCUCCUGAGGUUGAAGAGGCUCUGUUGCGCCUUCUUCACCACAUUAUCUGCGUGGGUGGACCAUUUCAGUUUGUCAGUGAUGUGUACACCAAGGAACUUGAAGCUUUCCACCUUCUCCACUGCGGUCCCGUUGAUGUGGAUAGGGGGGUCCACGAUCAUCUCCUUUGUUUUGUUGACGUUGAGUGAGAGGUUAUUUUCCUGGCACCACACUCCCAGAGCCCUCACCUCCUCCCUGUAGGCGGUCUCGUCAUUGUUGGUAAUCAAGCCUACUACUGUUGUGUCGUCUGCAAACUUGAUGAUUGAGUUGGAGGUGUGCUUGGCCACGCAGUCAUGGGUGAACAGGGGGCUGAGCACGCACCCUUGUGGGGCCCCAGUGUUGAGGAUCAGCGAAGUGGAGAUGUUGUUUCCUACCUUCAACACCUGGGGGCGGCCCGUCAGGAAGUCCAGGACCCAGUUGCACAGGGCGGGGUUCAGACCUAGGGGCUCGAGCUUAAUGAUGAGCUUGGAGGGUACUAUGGUGUUGAAUGCUGAGCUAUAGUCAAUGAAUUCUUACAUAGGUAUUCCUCCUGGGAUAGGGCAGUGUGCAGUGUGAUGGCGAUUGCAUCGUCUAUGGAUCUUUUGGGUCUAGGGUGACAGGUAAGGCAGAGGUGAUAUGAUCCUUGACUAGUCUCUCAAAGCACUUCAUGAUGACAGAGGUGAGUGCUACAGGGCGAUAGUCAUUUAGUUCAGUUACCUUUGCUUUCUUGGGUACAGGAACAAUGGUGGCCAUCUUGAAGCAUGUGGGAACAGCAGACUGGGAAAGGGAGAGAUUGAAUAUGUCUGUAAACACACCAACCAGCUGGUCUGCGCAUGCUCUGAGGACGCGGCUAGGGAUGCCGUCUGAGCCGGCAGCCUUGUGUGGGUUAACAUGCUUAAAUGUCUUACUCACGUCGGCCACUGUGAAGGAGAGACCAAAGUCCUUGCUCAUGGGCCUCGUCGGUGGCACUGUGUUAUCCUCAAAGCGGGCGAAGAAGGUGUUUAGCUUGUCUGGAAGCGAGACGUCGGUGUCAGUGACGUGGCUGGUUUUCCUUUUGCAGUCCGUGAUUGUCUGUAGACUCUGCCACAUACGUCUCGUGUCUGAGCCGUUGAAUUGCGACUCCAAUUUGUCUCUAUACUGAUGUUUUGCCAGUUUAAUUGCCUUGCGAAGUGAGUAGCUACACUGUUUAUAUUCUGCCAUAUUCCCAGUCACCUUGCCAUGGUUAAAUGCGGUGGUUCGCGCUUUCAGUUUUGUGCGAAUGCUGCCAUCUAUCCACAGUUUCUGGUUAGGGUAGGUUUUAAUAGUCACUGUUGGCACAACAUCACCUAUACACUUCCUGAUAAACUCAGUCACCGUUUCAGUGUAUUCGUCAAAAUUAUUUUCACAAGGUACCCGGAAAAUAUCCCAGUCCGCAUGAUCAAAACAAUCUUGAAGUGUGGAUUCCGAUUGGUCAGACCAGCAUUGAAUAGUCCUUAGCACGGGUACUUCCUGUUUGAGUUUCUGCCUAUAGGAAGGGAGGAGCAAAAUGGAGUUGUGGUCAGAUUUGCCAAAAGGAGGGCGGGGGAGGGCCUUAUAACCAUCCCGGAAGUUCGAAUAGCAAUGGUCGAGGAUUUUAGCAGCGCGAGUACAACAGUCGAUAUGUUGAUAGAACUUCGGCAGCCUAGUCCUCAAAUUUGCUUUGUAAAAAUCCCCGGCUACAAUAAAUGCAGCCUCAGGAUAUGUGGUUUCCAGUUUGCAAAAACUCCAGUGAAGUUCUUUGAGGGCCGUCGUGGAUGAUGUAAAGUUGAUGUAAAGAAGUGAAAUUUGAUAUAAAUAUGUGAAUGUGUCUAAAUGCACAUCAUUUUAGGUAAAGGGGUAAGUUGUACCAAUGAGUUACAACAACUAACCCCAAUCAUAGGAGUCUUAUGAGAAAAUACAACAAUAAUUAUUGUCAUCAACUAGACUAAUCAAAAGGCCUUCUCUUACUGAUAAAAAUAAUAUAUGUGUCGAUACAUGGAGAAUGUUCCUAAGGUCAAUCAAAAUAGAGGCGGCAAAAAUAUGUUUUAAAAAAUGGCCUCAAAACAAUGUUUUGUCAAUAAAACCAAAGAUUGAUGGAUACCAUUUUUAUUUAUUUAUUCAACUUCAUAGUCAUGUAAAGACUAACCAAUCAUUGGCACAUUGAACAGCUUUCUAAGUAGGUUUUAAUUUGAUAUAUUUAGCCUGUUACAACUGAUCCAUGUUACAAUUGACUUAUACUCUGCAGAGGAAUUUGGACGGCCAGCCAGGAGCCAGUGAUCCCAGACAGAUGUUCCAGCAGAGGGUCGGUGGCGUUUCCGUCCGCUCCCCGCACCCUGCUCCUCCCCGUGUGGGCAUCCGGCUCCCCAACCCCCCACCACCACCCACCUCCCAGGGUAGUAGCCCUGUCAUCCGCCUCCAAAGCCCUGGGAGCCAGGGCAUGAACCAGGGCCUUCUCAGGAGAGACAGGAACCCCAGCCCUCAGCAGGCAGCUCACCAGGAGGCUGGAGGGAGAUGCGGGGGAGGGGGUGGUGGAGGUGGGGGUCUCCAGGAGCAGGUCCAAACCCUGGGCUCUGAGAUCCACAGUCUGGGCCUGGCGGUGCGCAUGCUGGUGGAGCAGCAGUACCGGCUGGAGAGGGAGCAGGUCCAGCAGACCCAUGUCCAGAGGCAGAUUCUCAGCACCCUGCAGACCCUGGCCUCCAGACUGGAGGCACCCUGUACCAGCCUCCAGCAGCAACGACAGCAUCCCAAAACUCCCCCACCCCCGGUCUUACCUGCCUCAGGCUCUGCCUCUGCCUCCUACAGCCAGGACACGUUCCCCUUCAGCCAAGGAGGGUAUGCCCAGUGCAGCCAGGCCCAGCCCAGCUACAACGGGAUGGACAGCUCCAGUCUGGAGACCAUAGAGGCCUUCAAACUGUCCGGACUCAGCCCCAACGGCUUCCAGACGUGCAGCAGCAGUACCACCGAUAGCCUCCCGCUCACUCACACCCCGACACACACACAGCCUUACACGUCAUCCUACACACAGCAGCCACACACUCAAACACACAUGCCCUCAUGCACACAGUCUUACGCCACCACAUACACGCAGUCGCACACGCAGUCCUAUAGAGGAACAGACAUUACAGACUAUCCCAGCACCAGCACAGAGGGGGCUCUCCAGGACUGCAUGGCCCCCACCCAGGCCUCUGUUGACCUGGACUCAGACAUCACAGUCUCCCCACAGGAAACCCAGCUCAACAUCAUUAAAGUGGAGGCACUCUAAGGCUUUAGUUCGCUCAUAUCCAGAGCUUAUAGGGACAGUUUCCUGGACACAGAUUAAGCCUAGUCCUAGACUUAAAAGCAUAUUCAAUGUAUAAUGGAAAUUCUGGAAAAGGUUCUUUUUAGUCCAGAACUAUGCUUUAAUCGGUGUCUGGGAAACCAACCCCGUAGGGUUCAGUUCCAUAGUUUAAUCCAAAGUUGCUUCUGCUCGGUUCACAUUUGUACAUUUGAUUAUCCACUACCUCUCCUUUAG